AUGGCGGAGAAGGGCGGGAGGAAGAGCGUGCCGGCGCUCGGGUGGUGGCUAAUGCUGGUCGGCUCCCUCCGCCUCGCCUCCGUAUGGUUUGGCUUCUUCAACAUCUGGGCGCUCCGCGUCGCCGUCUUCUCCCAGACUGAGAUGACUGAAAUACACGGUCGUACUUUUGGGGUCUGGACACUCCUAACCUGUACACUGUGUUUUCUGUGUGCAUUCAACCUAGAAAACAAGCCUCUGUAUAUAGCCACCUUCCUGUCAUUCAUCUAUGCUCUCGGUCACUUUCUCACGGAGUACUUGAUAUAUCAUACCAUGGCUGCAGCAAAUCUUAGCACUGUUGGCUUCUUUGCAGGGACAUCAAUUGUAUGGAUGCUGCUUCAGUGGAAUUCUCAUGGGGAUUCGCGUGGUUCCCAUGCUGUCAAGCAGUCGUGA